CGCUCGCGUUCCGCUGCACUACACUGAGCUGCCAAUCUUUCUCCCCUGUUGUUGACUCGACCAUUCAAAGGCUGAUAUCUCGCGUAGCUUUACAAAGGCCAGUUGUCACGGGCGGGCAAGCUGAUAAUGACUUGCCGUGGAUAUCGGGAUUUAGCUCCGCUAAUAGCACUUUGAUUGCAUUGAGAUAGAGAUAAUGCCUUGUCUAUACAACCUAAGUUUUGAGUGGCAUCACUCGGAACAUUACUAACUGAGAACACGAACAGGUAUAAUCAUCUAUGCAGUCAGAUAACAAUGUAUCAUCGAAGCGUCUCGUUCAAAUGAUUCAUUUUCGCUUGAGAUUGGCGGUUCGGCCGCGCCGGAAUUUUCGAUCAUAAGCGAGUUGCUGCUUUUCUGGAACCCCGCCUUGGCUGGCCGAAGCGAUGUCGGGUUACUCGUACGGACGAGGGACGGCUAGUCAGUUUGGUGGGGGAGGAGUAAGAGGCCAAGCAUCCUAUCCAACGAACGCUAAUGCCUCGGCGGCCCGUCCGUCUAGCGAGCACAGUUACGGAGCAAUGGCAUACCCGCACAUACCCUCCAUCAACGAGUCAUCUGAAUUCGGGGGAAAUUAUUCCGAUCCCCACAAUUCUUAUCAGAAACAAUCGCACAACCCAUCUCAGCGGAUGAACUCGAACAUGCUUGGAGGAGAUAAUCGCAAUUUUCCAGCUCCGAAUAUGGAUGCCAGUGCUUACAAUCGCCAUUCAAAUACAGGCAUGCAAUCUGGGUAUGGAACGAUGGGCGGCUCAACCCCGAAUCGUCGGGCAUCCGUACCCCCGAAUGUCGGCAUCGGUUCCUUCUCAAACAUGCAACGCUCGCAUUCCUACUCUGGAUCAUCGACAGACUCCGCAUAUUCAAAUAGAAACGCUAGUAUGUCUCAAUCUUCCUAUCCUCAACCCAACAUGUCUAAUCAAAGUCAACAAUAUGGAGAAGGAUUUGGACCUUAUGCUUCUCACCACAACCAGCCUGCCGCUUAUAAUCGGACAAAUGCAAUGAUGAAAUCAAGUGAGAUGUGGGACAGGACAAGUCAAACGCGAAUGGGACAGGCUCCAUAUCCCAAUCCUCAUCCAGUGAAUAUGCAUCUUUCUCAUAAAGCCAAUUCAAACCAGUACCAUCAAAACCAGUUUCCAUCAUCUCAAAGACAAAGCACAAACUCCCAAUUGUAUGCAGCCAAUAAUACACCUGGGAUGCAUUCUUCUGAUAUGAACAUGACCGCUGAUGGAUCGAUGUCAUCGGAUUUGGGAAUUCGAGGGAAUCAGUGUGUGAAUCCUGGUGCUAUCAUGGGCCAGGCAUAUGGGAAUAGUCAGGCAAUGUAUGGCUCUUCCGUUGGUGCAAGGAUGAGGGUGCCAAAUCAGCGCUCAUCGAUGUCCAGAGGUGGAAUGUACAACUCCAUGACAGGUGGAAACCAGGUGCCAGGGUCUCUUCAGAAACUAAGACAUUAUGGACCAAUGCCUAACUCAAGUUCAGGCUAUUCGAGGACUAGUACUAGACCAGGAAAUAUGCAAAACAAUGUAGGAACAGUGAGGAAUACCGCAGGCAGUGCUUCAAAUACGAUGGGGAUGCAAGGUGUAUGGCAGGCUAAUAGUGGAUCACAGAGCGGGUAUGCCCAAUAUUCCCAGAAUCAACCCAAUGUGUCAACAAAUGUGCCUUUUAAUGGACUUCCGCAGAACAGCAAUAUGCAAAUGCAACAACCCAUGAACUACCCCAAUAACAUGGGAAUGUCGAACCAGCAACAACAGCAAGUGCAGAACCAGCGGAAUUUCUCAGGAUCAGUGCCAUCGAAUGCAGGACUGGAAAGUCUGUCUGCUCCAAGUGGGAUGUACGGACAGAGCACUACCCCAAAUACUGGCUCUGCUCCUUAUCCUUCCACUGGUUGUACAGACAAAGUAGAUUCCUCCUCUGCGGAAUUCCCAAGUAAUAUCUCUGCUGCUGAAACCGAAGCUAUGAUUCAGCAAUUGAACCAAGAUCGCAUUUUCAGUGCUGAAUUAGAGAAGCUUGCUAGACUAUCACGCAAUCCUACAUCAGAUGAUUUCAUUGCCGACCCUGCUGUUGCUACACCAGUUUCUGGUACUGGUGAGCCCACUAAGUCUUCAUGUUCAGGGUCUAAUACUUUUCAAUCUACCAGUAUUGACGAAUUACUAGAUGGUGGAACCUGUGUUGCAUCAUCGAUUUCUGAAAAACCUUCUUGUGUUGCAAAUUCUAACGUAAACCUCUCUCAUGCAAACUCUCAUUUGCAGUCCCCUGGUACAUCAGUUUCGGGUUCUUUCCAGUCAGGGAGUGGAGCAGUAGCGAGUCAGAACCAGCCAGAUCAGAUAGCUUCAUCAUCAUCCUCAGCACCUCAUACCCCAAAUAGUACUUCAAAUGUGGGCAAGCCUGCUCAGAACCAGAGUAAAGGCCAUGCAAGUGACAAAAAUUCAGAAAGUGAUACAAACCAAGGGAAAGCUGGUGAAAGCAAUGAGAAUUCAGUGCAGCAUCUACAGCGAAUUACUCAAUCUAUCAAAGACACAAGUAAGCAGGAUGAUCUGAUGAAGGUUGCAAACUCUCAACAUGCUGAGUAUUUGAGUCACUCUUCAAGUGAUAAUUAUGGAUCUCAGAACUGUAUUGCUGCUCUUUCAGCUGCCUGCCGUAAUAUCAUUGCUGAUAUGGAUAGUUCGAUGCCCAAACAGAACAGUGGGCAGAAAGUUCAGAGUCCGCUCGGAAAGAACACCAAGUUUGAUGGAUCAUCGGGGUUUGGGACAAAAUCUGAUGCUCUUUCUGGUUUUGGAAGUGGUCCCCCUUCUGUUAAUAGCAUGGGAGAUCAAUUUGUUGCACCGAAUAGCUGUAUGAUGACCGCUCCUCCUAAUUGUAUGCCAAUGGACUCUUAUGCUGCAUUUCCAAACAAUUUCAAUGGUGCCAACCCAAUGGCGAUGCCGGACUUUCAAGGGAAAUACCAUGAUUUUUUAGAGCAGAACCUACCUAUGCAGAUGGCUGGGAGAAGGAUAGACGAGAAACCACGGAAGGGACGUAGGAGGAGAAAGUCCGAAGAAUUCUCCACUGAACAGCUUAUUUCCUGCAGCAUACCUCCUGUGAAACCAAAGCGAAAGUACCGCAAGAGAUCAACUCAGAAUCCGCCCAGUGUGGAAUCCAUGGAAGGACCACUUUCUGUUGAUAAUGUUGUGUUCACACCACUCAGUGAGAGUGGUUCCCAUCAAGCUGAUGACAUGGGAUAUCGUUCUGCAACCCAAACGCCAAAUUCUGCUCCCAACUCUUGGGGGAUGGAUGUAAAAAUGUCAUGUUCAGACUCAAUAAGUAUGGCAAUGUCAAUCGCAGAUGGAAAUCAGAUGGAACAUGUUUCGCAAGAUUUAUUGGAUAGCGUUUUUUCUCCCGACACAACGAUGUCAAGUACUACUAAUCAGGAAAUGCCAGAAUCUGGAAAUUGUGUUCCACACGGUUCUUCCCCUAUCAUGCAUAAUCAGUCGCCCCUUGGUCCCCAUCAUCUCAACAACAAUCAUCCUAUAGGUGCGGAUCAUAAACACAACAUGUAUCCACCGCAGUCUAACAAUAUUGGAUCUUCCACUGGAGAAGCGAAUUGUCAGUUCAUAUCAACGUCUACCCACUCUGUGAAUGGUAAUGUGAAACAAAAGGAUGUUGAGGAGGCGCAUCCCCUUGAAAUCCUGCAAGCACAAAUAAAAAUUCAACGAAAACAGUUUAAUCUUGGAGAAUCGCAACAACAAUCGCAAGGAGCGAAAAACAAUGAGAAAAUCAGCAAAGUUGAAAAUGCUUUGCCAAGUGAUCUCGAGAUGGAUAAUUUGUUGUCAAGUGAGGAAACAUCCUGGUAUCUUUCAGAGGAUCAACCCAAAGACCAAGGAGGAGGAGGAGGAGGAUUAUGGGAAGAUCUGUGCCCAAAAGGUCAGACAAAUACUUCCUCUAAACCUUUGCUUUUGGCUAUGCAGUCAUGAUUGUUUUGUUUCUCGCUGAGCUUCUGUUUUGCCACCUCAUGCUCUAACAUUCCAUUGAAGUUCUUCACCAAAGUUGGAUUGUUAUGUUUGUUCAAGUUACUUUGCAUGCAACUUUCAAAGUUCAACUAACUGACUUUGCUUCAUCACGCUUUUCUCUAUUCAAAAUCAUCUAUGUGUGCAGCCAUUUGUUUGUUCUUUCUUCCAAGUAUAUUAUGAGGAUGUGAAUGUUACAUCAGUUUUGAAUACUUCAGAAUAUCUCGAAAAAACAUACUGGAAUUCUUGGAUUGUACUUGGACUAAUCAUACGUUCACCAGCACUUUUUUCAGUACUAUUUUGUUAAUCAAUCUGUCUAUUACAUUAGAAAUAUUGUUUGAUGUACCAAUAAUCAGUAAUGUAAUGAUCAGUUUGUUAAUGUCAUUAGGCCUACUUGUUGUAACAAAGUGUUUUUAUGACUAUGUAAACAGCAUAGUUUUCAGAAGAAUUGAAAACAUUUUAGAAUAACAUAUACAUGUAGAAUCUGAGUCAACAUAAUGUAUUUAUAGCAAUUGGAGGUGACAUAAAGAGGCUUAGGCAAAGUUAGACAAAGCAUUCAAGAAUUUGAAUUCCAUGAGAUGGCUUUAAUUCAGGAUUCUUUUGAUACCAGAUGUAGAUUGGUAAAUUGAUUAUUUUCAUCGAGACUUAAGAUUACUGUAGCAUGUAAAAAAAGCAAGAUUCUGCAUUUGAAAAAUGAUGAAAAUAGUGUAAACUUAUUACCCCUGCAUUCAACAAAGAUCUGUUAGAACACUCGUUAUUACGUAGCAAGUUGAUUUUAUCCAAUCAUAUUCAUAAGCAUGUGUUUUAACUUGCUUUUAAUUUCUUAGUUGAGAUUGUUUUGCAGCUCUUUCUGCAACAGGGCCGUGGAGAAUAGAAAUGAAUGGAUCAUUGAGUUCAUGCAUACAUUUACUUAGAAUUGAGUUUUAAAACCAUAAAAAUUUGUUCUCUAAAUUUCAACCAGUUGUUCAAUUUUAAAGUGUGAGCUUGAAUGAUUCUGUUCUAUUUUUUUUUCUAAAAUAUUUAUAGGGAUCAAAUACAGUUCAAAUUCUUUAAACCCCACUAACAGGAUGAGGGAAAAAGAAAAACAGAAAGAAAGUAUUACUAGUAUAUGGAUAUAAUUGAAAUGAAAAAAAAAAGUUUUUUCUCACUAAGCAGGCAUUCCUUUCCUAUGACCAAUCACUUUUAAACCUUUCCCAACUCAACAUGAACAAAAGCGUCAUGCUACCUUUAUAAACCUCAAAAUGGCUCUAAAAAAACUUUGUAUGUCAGCUGAGUUUAUCCGUGAUUUACAUGGUCAGGUACCAACCUACAUGUACAUGUAGCUUAAUGCUCAAAAUUUAGUGUUUUUUCACAAAUGUUGAAUCAAACAGCCUUGCAAGAUUCAGUUCUAAGUUCGUUUUUUUUUUCAUUGUAGCAAACCAACAUGUUUUUAAAGGUGGUUGUACAUUUUUUUUUUUUUUUGGGGGGGGGUGGUUAAAAAAUAGACCAUUUUAGUGAUCCCAUUCUUUGAUUUACAACUGUAGUACCAGUACUGAAUACAGGGAAUGAUUUUGCUUUACAAAUUUGAAUAGCAUUUUUGGUCAUAAGAGAAAAGCUCUCAACUAUUAAUGUAAAGUCCUACAUGUAAAAAAAUAUGCUAUCCAAAAAACUUUAUGCACAGCAGUCUUUCAAAAAUGUGGAGCGAAUUGCGAUGCGAUAUAAACAGAAAAAUUAUUCCCUGGAAUAACCAUAUUAAUAAUUGAUUGUGAUGCAUCAUUAUAAUUGAUAAUUUCUGGACAGGAAUUCAGCAUUGUAUUGACGUUCAAUACAUUUAAAAGACAAACAUACAUGUAUCCAAACACUUGAAAUCAAUUUUAUGGUCAGUUGAUAACAAAUAAAGUUCUGAACUUCAUCACACCAACUCCCAUACAAAUUAAGAAAAAUAUUUGUAUGGGAUAAUUAUAUGAUUUAAAUCUGGAUCAAUCUAGUCAUCUUGACCAAUGAUGUAUGUAGACACGCAUCCACAAUCACAGUUGAAGUGUUAUUGAUUCGGUAGGCCAGAUUGCUUUUAUUAUUUCUAAAUUGUAAUUAAACAGACAUGACAUCAAUUAUCGUAUCCCUGUCUGAAGAGUUUACACAUGAUUGACAAUGUAACAUGUCUUGUGCAAAGUUUCCCAAUUUUUUUUAUUUGUUGUUAGGUGCAUGCCUAUUUAUUUUUUAAUCAGACUGAUCAUAAUUCACAAAUAUGUGAUGGAAAACAGGAUAGAUUGUAUUCCAAGGUCACAUCCACCCCAGAAAAAUGUUUAUUUGACCAUAGAGCUCUGUGUUUUAUAGCUCCAUGAUUUGACUAAAUAGAGAAAAGUCAAACUAGCAUAAUGCUGAGAAUUUAAUCAAAGUCUGAUUGAAAAUAAGAAAGUUAAAUUACAUUUUAAAGUUUCGCUUAGUUUUUCACAAAACAGUGAUAUGCACAAUUCAGUGACUUUGCAAAUGAGACA